UUUUGAAAAAAUAUAAUUUAUAAUACCUAAAUUUGCAUUUAAACCUAUUUUCUUGUGCAUUACUUGUAAUUUACCAUAUAGUGUUGCGCAUAAAAUAUGCAAAUUUUUUCACAAUUUUUAAUACUUUUUAAUGCAGAUUUUACGAUUUGCAUGUAAUCAAUAUUUAAUUUAGCUUUGGAAUAAUUUGAUUUCAACGAGAUAUCAAUCCGGAAAGGAAGGAAUGACAGGACAACGCAUUCCGAAACGAUUUGAUUUUCGUUAUAAGGAAGCACGACUUUCCGGACAAAGCCGACAAUUGCGCAUGGAUGCAAUUCGAAUCGAGAAUGAACUGAUGCUAUUGCUUCAGCAGGAAUGUGUUCUCAUUCAGGAUUACAACAUUCAAAUGUUACAGUAUCUGGAAUUGCAAUUGACCUGCGAUAUUAUGCGUCGAAGACUCAAUGCGAUGAAAAAACAGCGGAAACGUUUAUCGCGAAUGCUUUAAAGAACAGGAAUUGAAAUGAAACUGGAAAUGAAUUGUAAUUAAUUAUUCCUAUCUGAUAAUAAUUUAUUUAAUAAUUGGUUUAAUGAAAUUUAUAUUUUGGAGUGAUGAAAUUGCUAUAAAAGUGAUAAAUGUGCUAAUUUUACUAUAAAAAUCUUAAAUUUAUGUCAUGUGAAAACGCUUUUUCGAAAAAUGUUUUUCGAAAAAAAGA